GCUAGCUAGCUAACGUCAGCUGCCCGCUCCCACGACGCGCUGCGCUCACCUGCGUCGGUUCCCUAAAGAGACUGAACAGGGACGUCUGUGCGGGUCGGACCCGAACCCGAACCCGAACCCGGACCCGAGGGAUGGACGCGGGAGAGGACGACGUCAUGUCCGGGAGCCGCUCCGACGACGGAGGAGGCACUCCAGUUCAGGACGAACACCCGGCGUCCGACGGCGAGGAGGCGAAGAGUGACGGACAUCAAUCUGAGGACGAUGGCAGCAACGAUGAAGACGCCCCGCGAGCCAUGGAGACAGCCGGCGGCUCCGACAACGAGGAGCAGAGAGGAGCCGACAGCGACUCGGAGGGCGAGGCCCCCAGGGGUCGCCAUGACAACGAGGACAAAAGCGACUCGGAGACGGAGGCUCCUCGGCCCGCUGACAGCGACGACGACGACGCUCCGGUCAAACGCAGGGUGAGCGGCUCGGACAACGAGGAGGAGUCGCCCGUCAAACGAGGAGCUUCAGAUAACGAGGAGGAGGAAGGAGGAGCGUCCUCUCCCGCCAAACGCAGGGGGAGCAGCUCGGACAUGGAGGACGAGGAGGGGAGGCGCAAAGCAGCUGCAGACAGCGACUCGGAGAACGAGGACGCCAUACCUGCGGUGCCUCCCGUCAGCCGGUCCAACGCCGACAGUGACUCUGACACGGAGACGCCGGCCAGACGCAAGGCAGCACAGAUAGACUCUGAGGAGGAGAAACAGAAAGAGGGGGAAGCAGAGGGAGGAGGAGGAGGAGGGAAGUGGAAGGCUGUGAUGCAGUCUGACAGUGAGGAGGAGGAGGGAGGAAGGACGAAGGCUGCAGCAGGAAGUGAUGGAGAGAAGGAGGAGAAGGAGAAGAAAGAUGAGAGUGACGAGGAGGACGAGAAGCCAGUGAAGAGGAAGAAGGCCAUCCUGUCAGACAGCGAGGAUGAAGAUGAGGAGAAAACAACAGACAAACCAGCGGUGAAGAGGAGUCGGGCGAUGUCGGACGACGAGAACUCUGACAGCGACGGCGGCUCGGUCGGACCCGAUAAGAGCAUGGCGGCCAAACUGAGAGAGCUCGGCUCGGACAGUGGGAGCGAUGAAGACGAGAGGACGAAGGACACGACGGGGAAGAAGGACGAGAAGGCGUUGUUCGGCAGCGACAGCGACUCCGGAGAAGGAGAGGAGGAGGAGAAAAUGAUCGCAGACAUCUUCGGAGAGUCUGGAGACGAGGAGGAGGAGGAGUUCACGGGUUUCAACCAGGAGGACCUGGAGGGAGACAAGAAGGAGGCCAAGGAGCAGCAGCAGAUGCAGGAGGAGUCCGACUCUGACGACGGAGUCGACCGCAGCGGACAAGACACCAGCUUCAUGUCCGACUUCGACAUCAUGCUCGCCAAGAGGAAAGCCAUGAACAGCAGGAAGAGGCGGCACCGCGACGGAGGGACGUUCAUCAGCGACGCCGACGACGUGGUCAGCGCCAUGAUCAGCAAGAUGAACGAGGCCGCCGAGGAGGAUCGAACUCUGAACAGUCAGAAGAAACCAGCGCUGAAAAAACUCACUCUGCUGCCGCACGUCGUCAUGCACCUGAAGAAACAGGACCUGAAGGAGACGUUCAUCGACAGCGGAGUGAUGUCGGCCAUCAAAGAGUGGAUCAGCCCUCUUCCAGACAAAUCUCUGCCCGCUCUCAGGAUCAGAGGGGAGCUGCUCAGGAUCCUACAGGAGCUGCCCAGCGUGAGUCAGGAGACUCUGAAGCACAGCGGCAUCGGACGCUCCGUCAUGUUUCUGUACAAACACCCCAAAGAGUCUCGGUCCAACAAAGACCUCGCCCUCAAGCUCAUCAAUGAGUGGUCGCGGCCGAUCUUCGGCUUGACGUCCAACUAUAAGGGGAUGACGAGAGAGGAGCGUCAGCAGAGAGACCUGGACCAGCAGAUGCCUCAGAAACAGCGACUAAGUUCGGGGGGUCAGACGCCUCGGAGAGACCUGGAGAAACAGCUGACUGGGGAGGAGAAAGCUCUGCGACCCGGUGACCCCGGCUUCUGUGCCAGAGCUCGGGUACCGAUGCCCUCCAACAAAGACUACGUGGUACGACCCAAGUGGAACGUAGAGAUGGAGUCCAACAGGCACGGCCCGAUGAAGAAGGGAAUGACCCGCGUGGAUAAACAGAUGCGUAGAAUUGCCGACAUCCGCCGCCUGACGAAGCCGGGUCACGCCGUUAAAAUCAGCGUGGAAGGAAACCGGAUGCCGCUCUGAUUUUAACCUUCAUAGGAAUUAUUCACAUUUUUUUUUUUUUUUUCUUUCUUUCUUUUACUGUGUUGUGUCCUGAACAAUCCCACAACCCCCCCCCUCCUCAGGUCCAGCUCUGCCUUAAUAAAGGGCUGAGGUCAAAUCAGUUUGACCUAUAGGGACAGUGUGUAGGAUUUAGUGACCUCUAGUGGUGGAGUUUCAGAUUGCAACCCACUGAAUACCCCUCCGCUCACCCCUCACUGUCCAAGCCUGUCGGAGAACUACGGUGGCUCUCAGGUAACGCAAAAAUACCAAAGACUCUCCAGAGCCGGUGUUGUUUGUCCGUUCCGUGGACUCCCUUUGUAGAUAUGAACGGAAAACCCAACUAUUCUUUGUUUCAGGGGAUUAUACAAUAAUGAAAACAUAGUUGUGUUUAUAUUACAUUUCUGCCAAUAAAUCCCUCUAAAUCCUACACACUGGUCCUUAUAGUCAGAGCAUGAAUAUCUGCUGUAAACUCAACUGGACUUUGGUCAAAAAAAUUAAAAUCUGCUGAAAAUGAUCCACAGAAUAAAAACAUAGUUAGCUGCUAACAUUAAAAGCAGUUCAUGCAACAUUCUAUUAUGUUAGCAGUUAGCUACAUUAGCUUUAGCUCCAAACCAACUGGAUCCACAAUGUUAACUAAUGUUAGCGCUACAUUAGCUUUAUCUCUUAAGCUGAAGUCUAACUGCUUAUCUGACACAAUGUCAAACUUGAAACCAUCAUAUCGAAUGAUUUCUGUUCAUAAUGAAGUUGUUAUUUUUGGAAUAUAAAUUUUUUCACUGGUUAUGAAACUUUAAAAACUACAAAAUUACAAACAGAACUUUAGAGGAUUGGUUGUCUGUGAUAAUCCUCCUAAAGUAACUCUUAAAGUCACACAAACACUUUAUGACUCGUCAACAUGAAUUGAAACUGACCACAGCUGUCGUCAUUUAGCAGGUCGAAGUGACAUCAGAUGAAUUAAGAAACUGUAAUAACUGAUAAAGGGAGGCGAUGCUGACACGAGAUCGCCUCGCUUUCACCCCGGUGGUUUAGAGACGAAGACCAAGAAGUUUUUUGACCAAAGUACCAUCAAGUUUUUCAGACUUUCUAAUAUUGGAUUUGAGAUCAGAAUCUUCCUUCGCGGCCUUUUUGUUUCUGAAUGUGAAGGUGUGUGUGUGUGUGUGUGUGUUUUGCUGAUACACUGGCCAGACCUCCUCCUCCUCCUCCUCCUCCUCCUUUUGUCCCCUCUCUGCUCCCGUAGCGGCUGUACAGAAGGAUGUAAACCGGUCACCGUGGUUCUGUUGAUCCCGAUCAGACCUCGGUGUCGGUUCUUUUGUGUGUUCUGGAUCAGGUGAUACUUUUUUUUUUUU